AAUUAUAUAAUAAUAAUAUACCUUAUGAUUCUGAUUAUAUUAGACCAAAUAAUAUAUACAAAAAUAGAUUACAUGGUAAUGGUGGUAAUGAUUAUAGAAACACAAGAAGACAUGAUGAAAUAAGAUAUCACGAAAUAAUAAGACAUGAUGAUGGAUUACAACAGAGUUACAAAAGACCGUCACUGUCACAUUCAAGAUCUAAAAGUGACAACAAAUAUUCUACAUACUAUUAUCCUAGGUCAAGAUCCCCCAGCUAUCAUAGAUCUAUAGAUUACAUAAGAAAACAAAGUCUUUCUCCAUCAUCAAUAUUAAAACAUGGAUUUGACGACUACUCAAAAAAUCAUAAAUCAUUAACAACAACGCCAUCAACAAAAAUGUCAACUACGUCGUUAAAAAAAAAAGAUUUAGAACUUGAUAUUAUAAAAAAAUCAGCAAAAAAACGAUCUGAAAAUUAUAAUCAAAUCUUGUUGGAACCUUCCAUUAGAAUUGAGGAACCUCCGCCGAUGCUUAUAGUAUUAGAUCUGAAUGGUACAUUGGUUUAUCGUGAUGGCGAACACAGACUGAUUCAUCUACAUACUACAACAAUUAAAGAUCGCAAUGAAAAGGUUUCAAGAAUAAUCCUGAAUGAAGAGAACAACAACAAUAAUGGUAAUGUUGACGAAGCAUUUAUAAUUACAAAGAUUAAAGAAUUGACAACUUUAAAAAAAAAUUUAUUUCAAAAAUUACAAUUAUAUAAUAAUAAUAUACCUUAUGAUUCUGAUUAUAUUAGACCAAAUAAUAUAUACAAAAAUAGAUUACAUGGUAAUGGUGGUAAUGAUUAUAGAAACACAAGAAGACAUGAUGAAAUAAGAUAUCACGAAAUAAUAAGACAUGAUGAUGGAUUACAACAGAGUUACAAAAGACCGUCACUGUCACAUUCAAGAUCUAAAAGUGACAACAAAUAUUCUACAUACUAUUAUCCUAGGUCAAGAUCCCCCAGCUAUCAUAGAUCUAUAGAUUACAUAAGAAAACAAAGUCUUUCUCCAUCAUCAAUAUUAAAACAUGGAUUUGACGACUACUCAAAAAAUCAUAAAUCAUUAACAACAACGCCAUCAACAAAAAUGUCAACUACGUCGUUAAAAAAAAAAGAUUUAGAACUUGAUAUUAUAAAAAAAUCAGCAAAAAAACGAUCUGAAAAUUAUAAUCAAAUCUUGUUGGAACCUUCCAUUAGAAUUGAGGAACCUCCGCCGAUGCUUAUAGUAUUAGAUCUGAAUGACUGA